CUCCGCCGCCCAUCCGUCGCCGCUUGAUCGGCGUGUUUUUGAGUAGUUGCUGCGGGUGAAUGCCAUUUGUCGUGUGGUCGGGUGCCAUAGCAACGGCUCGUGAGAAACAUAUAGCCCAGGUCGGUUUGACGCGCUCGGUGUUGGAUGACAGCUGCGUUCAUGCGGACAAUUCGCUCAGUCGCAACUCCUGCAACACACUGCCGCCGCCGCCGCGUCUCGCCGCGUCUCGCCGCUGUCUGGAGCCGUGCGUGAGCUGAUCGGACCAGAAAUCCUCCGAGAAGGCUAAAACAAGUAGCCGCGGAUGCUCUGAGAGAGAGAGAGAAAGAGAGAGAGAGAGAGAGAGGAAGAGAGAGACAGAGAGAGUGAGGCAUGACACUUAUCUGGAAACAUAUAUGAUCCAAUGCACACUCGACAAUCUGAAGGCCAGAAAGGAUUGUAAGGCAAGGGUUGGUGCCGAUGCGCGUCCCCUUGUCUUUAUUUAUCUCUGUUAUUUUAUUUUAAUCGCCGUGCCCCGGUGCGUCUCCCGACUGCAUCAGUGCCUGUUGCUUCCCAUGCGGGGCCAAUGCCAGGAUAUUAAUUCUCCCUGAGAUGUGCUGUCUCCGCCUCCCCCUCUCUCCAAAGUCAAUGUCCACUGUUGUCAUCCAUUUGAGCGAGAGGUGCUGCCGCCUUGUACAUCUUGGUCUGUUUCCGUUUCCUAACGUGAAAGCUCCGUCUGCUCCCAGUGAACAUAAACAUGUUGGCGGCUAUGUCUAAAGACAACGCAUCUGGUGAGAGAAUGAAUGCUGAUGAAUGUAAUGGACGCUCAUAUUCACAAGGUAAUGGAGGAGAAUCAUCAGCAGAGCAGGAUUUUUAUGCUGGGUUGCGGGCCACUUCUGUAAGAUCUCCCAACAGCCAGCAGUCCUCGCCUCACCGCUCCCUAAGUGACUCCAUUAAGGUUGAGCUGUGUAGCGAUGAAGAGUCUUCAGGUGCCCGACAGACUGAGAACAAAGAGGCUGCGAGGAGCGACGGCGGGAAAGAUGACAAGGUGGGUCCCGCUGAAGAAGGAGGUCCAGCGUUUGCCGGAGCCGGAGGAGAGAGAGGGAACCUCUACAGUGAGAUGGCUACUCCCAAUUCGUCCUCACCGGGGCCAAUCCGGCUGCCCAACGGGAAGCUGCAGUGCGAGGUGUGCGGGAUGGUCUGCAUAGGACCCAACGUGCUGAUGGUCCACAAGCGCAGCCACACAGCCCAAACAUCCACGCACAUGUUUGCAGGCGAGCGACCUUUUCAGUGCAACCAGUGUGGAGCCUCCUUCACCCAGAAGGGCAACCUGCUGCGCCACAUCAAACUUCAUUCAGGAGAGAAGCCUUUCAAAUGUCCCGUUUGCAACUACGCCUGUCGUCGGAGAGAUGCUCUUGCUGGUCAUCUGCGCACUCAUUCAGUUUCUUCCCCGACAGUGGGAAAACCUUUCAAGUGCAGCUACUGUAGUCGCAGCUAUAAGCAACAGAGCACACUGGAGGAACAUCUGGAGCGCUGCCAUAGUUACAUGAAGACUCUGGACUCGCAGAUGCCACCUGGUGAAGAGUCUGUAAAUAUGGAGAGCAUCACCAAACCCGUGCUGCAGCCGUCCAAUGAGAAAAGGCCGUUUGUGGAUAGACUGGCUGUCAGCAUAACCAAACGAAAGAGGUCAACACCACAGAAGUUUUUGGGAGAAAAGCACAUGCACCUUGAACCACCAGAAGCACCUUAUGAACUGUCCUCUGGCUCUGAAAAGGAAGGGGAUCUCCUGAGCUCCCAUUCUGCUGGAGACUCAUCCGGUCUGGUUAGUUCACACCUCCACUUCGCAAGAAGUAAAGCCGAGAGCCAGGAGUCGCCCUCGCUGCAUCCGCUCCAUCCUGGCUUUGUGGCGGAGCUCCGAACCGUUGUGGGUUCCCUCAGCAGUGGCGUGGUUCCCCAGGGCCCCCGAGCCCACGGCGCGAUCGGGCUCGCAGCGAUGUCCCUCGGCCUCCCUGGGCGGGAGGCAGGCGAAGCCCGGGACGACCAGCCCUCGGCGCACAGCCACACCACCUCGCCCAACGGGUGCCCCGACUCUACGGACACAGAGAGCACAGCGGAAGAGCAGAGCACAAGGGCUACAGCCCCUACAAGUACCUCCAACAACCAUCACCUCCACUAUCUGACCCCAGCACUGCCCCGCAGCCACCCCACCAUCAGCCCCAGCCAGGCCAAAGAUUUGGACGCGGAGUGGGACAGAGGGGGUUCCGUUCUCCCGGGUGUUGUAAAGAGAAACCCCGGCUCGCCUCUCUCCUCCAGGAACAAUUUCCAAGUUUUGGACAGUGGGGGCAGGCCUGUGCGCUCCUUCUACUGCCGGCACUGCUGCAUCCUCUUCCUGGACCACGUCAUGUACACGAUCCACAUGGGCUGCCACGGCUUCCGCCAGCCCUUCGAGUGCAACAUCUGCGGGCAUCCCAGCCAGGACCGCUAUGAGUUUUCCUCUCACAUCAGCCGUGGAGAGCACCAGGUGGGCUGAGGACAGGCGGUUGCACAAGGAGGGGUAGACAGCUAUAAUCUAAACGGGGGCUCAUGUUUGUUCUGCACCAGAUCAGCUAUUUUAAAUCCCUAGUUUAAGUCAAAUAAAUCCUGAGCUUGCUGUGGAUUUAUAUCCUACAUGCCACAGGUGAGCAAAAAACCCCCAUCUUUUUAACGCAUCAGUUAGAUUAGCUUAGACAAAUCGAAUUGUGUAACUGAUUGCACUCCCUUAUCAAAUCACAUGGCAAACUACAGGUUUUGCCUCAGAAGUGCCUUCUUUGGGGAUUUCCUCUGAACACACACACACACACACACACACACACACACACACACACUCACACACAACACAAACACACACCCACACUAAAAGAAACAGUGGAGAACUGGUGCUCAAGAAACCCGACUAGCUAUCCUUUCCUCGGUGACUUUAGAAACGAUCACGUCCAAGAGGUCAUGUUCACAUGCAGUUACUGAAAGCAUUUUAAGCAUUUAUCAAAAAACAGGUUUUAUUCAGUACGCACUGAGAGCUUUGCUUCGGCGGCUGAGGAGGGUGCUUUCUGUGUCAGGCGAGCUACAUAUGCACCGAGAGCUGUGUGCCUCUGAGUGUGGGACGAGCUUCUGACACACAGACGAAGCACAGACGUGGAUUGCCUUAACUCCUACAGCGGUAACUGUUGUAGGAACACAUAUUGUUUACAGCACGGUUCAACAGUGUGCAAAAGCAGGCAUGGGCCGGUACGAGGUUAUCGCAGUGUCAGAUCUUUACAAAAAAAAAAAAAGUAAAUACUUUGCUUUGGUGACACCACUGUAUUUCCAAGAAUAAUUUAGGAAAAAUCGAAUGAAAUUAUUUAUUUUCUUUUAAUCAGUGUUGGUUAUUUUUGAUGUUUUCUGCCUCUUGCUUUCCAUAGAGCAGCACUGAACAACGGCAAGCUUACAUUUGCUGGUUAAUUGACAAUGUUUCUGCAGGGUGUUUGAAAGUCAAAAAGUCAAAAUAUUUAGGCCUGAAAAAGUCUUAAAACUGUCCAAAUGUCUUACAUUGCAUGUUUCUAUGUGUUAAAUUUAUACUUGUUACAUGUUUUUAUGACAUUUAGCAAUUCAUAAAAACGUGAAAAAAAUCUGACCAUGAAGACGUCUUGCUGCAGUGUCACAUUAUAUUUCUAUUUAUUCUGAUUCUCAACCCCACUUUGGCUCUUUAACUCUAAUGACAUGUCAUUAGAGUUGAUAUUUUGCUUAAUACUGAAAUAGAGAUGAUUUAUUAUGAUCACAGAGCCACAUUGUUUUAGAGAAGACAAUUGGUAGAAUGUAGAAAAUUACGUUUAGUCGUUGGUUGACGAAGCGGUAUAAAAGUAUAAAAUGUACUUCAACAUUUUAUACCCGAGAAAACUUUGGUACAAAAUGAUCAAAACUGCAGUGGUAUGAAACGGUGAUGGGCUGAAAGGACCAGCAGCCUUAGUAAUUAUAAAAGACUUAAUAGAUGUGAUGGGUGGAGGCCUGGUAUUUUCCAUCCCAUUUCUUUCCCUGUUAUUAACAAUCGGAGUAAACUUUGUUGUCAACACUGGAAGGAUGGAAGUGCCUUUUCCGAGCAAGAUGACCUGCAGUGUGCAGAAAUAGGUGGGGGGAGGGGAUAUCCCAGUGCUGCUCUAUGAUUUGUGCAAACAGAAAACGAACUCUGUGGUUUCUCCUGCAUCUCAUUGAAGUGACUUUAAACCAUGAAAGCCGUUUGACAAAAGAUAGAUACGUCGACACCGACGCCCAUGCCUACUGCAAAGCUAACUGUGUGGAACAGAGCCUCAGGAUGAAGCUGAUUCAUUGAGAAAAAUUAGGAUGAAGUAGGCUUUUAGAUUUCAAAAGUGAGCUUUAGGAUACUGGUGCAGAUCAGACCAUGAGCUUCGUCGCUUAUAAGAGCCGCGCUGAAUGGACCCGGGGUGCUCUACCUCUCUGCAGGACUGCACUUUUUAGAAUAGGUUCCCUGCUUACAUAUGAACGUCUUUACUGAAGCACUUCACUGCUUUACAGAGUUGUUACCUGUGAUUGUUCUACUGCACUGAUGAAUUUAACAGUGACAAUAGCCGACCGCCUGGUUUAGGUGGUGGAGUUCUUACUGGAGCCGGCCUUCUGCACCUUGGUUCGGUGGGGGGUUGAACCGUCGGCUCAGCUUAAACAAUCUCCCUUUGUGGUUUUGCACUCGGCGGCCGCAGCUGAGAUUUUAAACGAGUUCCAUAAUGUAAGUGAUUUAAGAAAUUAUUUAAAGAUGAAUUAUUAGCAAAUCAGUUUGAGUCUCUUCUGUUAUUCUCUCACUUGUGAUUAUCUACUUAGUGUCGUUUGUUUCUGCCUUGGUGUAUUUAAUCAGCUAUAUUCCAAAUCUUAUCCAGCAUAUUCCUCAAAGUUCAUGAAAUGUUACCUCCUGCUUCUUUAUAGCACCCAAAUACCUUAUUGCUACAGUAUGGUGAAUGAUUUGAUGAUGUUAAUAUCGGGAACAUGAAAGAAACCAAACUCAGUAUUCUUACUUAUUAUUGUUGGUUUGCUGCUUUAUAGUUUAACCUGAGUUUCUCUACUAGCAAGCAAAAUGUACUUGAAAACAGU